AGAUUGCGGGCAGCUAAAAUUAGACAGCUUUCCCCCCACCCCCACACCCCCAUCAUAAAUUCUCAGAUCUGUUCCCAACAGGUAAGGCUCUGUAAAUCCAUGGCAUUUUUUUAACCACCGUGUUAAGUUUUUGCUGAGAUUUUUGCUGAAAGGAGAGACGUCGGAGUGAGGAUUCAGAGACCCAGACAUGGCCGCAGACCCAGAGCGGGAAAACGGUUCCGAAACCGACCAUGGCAGCGACCUCCCCGUGGGAGUGGAAAACCCAAGCUCGGGGGCGGCCCUUCGCGCUGUGACCCCGGCGGUGGACGCCAAGUGGAAGGCCGCCUUCCACGAGGGCGUCCAGCCGCGAGCGCUUCACCUCCAGGGCAUCAAGAUGGAGAAGCUGCGGAGGAAGUCGCUUCAGCAGAAGAAGAUGGAGAAGGAGGAGCCGCCGGACAGCCUGUCCCAGGACUGGCUCAACACCGAGUCCAUGACGCUGGAGACCCGGGCCUACCUCCUGGACAAGCUGCUGCCCACCUUGGUGCCCGCCGUGGAGGCGCUGCUGAAGGUGGCGGAGCGGAAGCAGGCGCUGGAGCCCCAGGAGUCCCAGCCCUGCCCGUUUGACCCGAUGAUCUUCCUGGGCGAGUACCUGAUGAGGCAUAACCCUGCCUACGACCUGACCGCCCAGCCCAACCCCUACGUCCGAGGGCUGAAGGCCAUCACGGACCAGCUGAUGGCGCGCGUGCCCGACACGACCAUGCACAA